CCCCCCCCCCCCCUCCCCAAAGGGAUGGCUCGGAGCUGCGCCCGUCCUCGGUGAUGAUCGAUAGACGAAUGCAGGUAGCCUUCCUCCCCUACACACGAAGCAUCACCACGCAUCCCUCCACUCCGCCGCGCAGCUUUCCUCCCCAUCAGCGCACACGGGGGGCUCCUGCCUAUUGAUCUCUGAACAUCUGGAGCAGCUCAUAUUUGUUUUCUAAGGCAGUCGGGCGCCCGCAAAAGGAGGAGUGAGACAGCAACAGCAGCGGCGGCGGCGGCGGCGACGGCGGCGGCAGAACGGAGCACUUGACACCUUUCUUCGCGGCAUCGAUAUGCAGUAGCGUGAUACCAGCUCUGCGGAGACGGAGAAGGCCAGUCCAUGGCAUCUUGAUAUUAAAACCGUGGGCUUUGCGCAUUCCCAACCGACAGCGCAGUCUUGUUUUCUUUUUUUUUAUCCCCCUCCCUUACUUCUUCUCCUUCUGCGGAAUCGGAAGGAUUAACUUGGCCAAGGUAAAGGGCGGCAAGUGAAAAAUCCCAAUUUUUUUCCAGUUUGACCAGAUUCCGUUCUGUCGUGGGGUAUAUUGACUGGCCCCGCGAUGGACUCCUGCACGGGGGAAUACGGCAUGGCUCGCUUUGGAUUGUAUGUGCUUUUGAUGGGGCUGUGGAGAUCCAGCGAUGCCUAUUGCCCCGAAUCCUGCACUUGCAGCAUCUCAAGGAUUGUUUGUAUUGAUCCCGAACCGGGGAUCGAGGAUUUCCCUGUCCUUACGCUAGAUGACAUGGAAAACAUCACCGAGAUAUACAUUGCCAAUCAAAACAGAUUGUUUGACAUGAGUGACAGCAGUUUAAGGCACUACAUAAACCUCAGAAACCUGACGGUGACAAGGACGAGAUUGACAUCUAUAUCUUCAGAUGCGUUUUAUAACAACACAAGACUUCAAUAUGUAAAUCUCAGAGAUAACAAUCUCUCAAUGCUGUCAUGGAGAACAUUUCAGAACUUCAACAUCACAUUUCCGCUUCUUCUAUCUGGAAACCCUCUGGAUUGUGUUUGCGAGAACUUGUGGAUCAAACUAAGACUCCAAGAAGACAUAGACAGUCCGGAGCUGACGUGUAAUGAUGAAACUGGGGAGACGAGGGACUUUUCCACACUCACUCCACCAGACUGUGUGGUUCCCAAAGUAGAGCUGAUCCCCAAAACUGUGACCGUGAAGGAGGGGGGUAAUGUCAAAGCUGUGUGCAGUGCCUCAGGCUCCCCCGUUCCUGUGAUCCAGUGGACCCUUGAUAUGCUCUCAACUACUUAUGAGAUUGACCCUAUGGAAACGAAGAACACCCUCACCUUGUCAGGCCUGUCUCCUGAUGACAAUGGCAGGGUGAUCGUAUGCAGCGCCGAGAACAUGGUCGGCCAGACCGAAGCCACACUUCAGCUCAAUGUUCUCUUCCGCCCAACCAUCCAGCAACUGCUGGAACCUCAGCGGAACCACCACUGGUGCAUCCCAUUCACCGUGACAGGAAACCCCAAACCUGAACUGCUCUGGUACCAUAAGAACGAGCUGCUCCAGGAGCAGGACUACAUCCGCACCAUGAUCCAUGAGUCGACUGAGAACGAGGACCACGGCUGCCUGCAGCUGGUCAAUCCCACUCAUAUCCACAACGGCGAAUAUAAACUAGUGGCAAAGAACGAGUAUGGAGAGGAUGAAAAGACAGUCACGGCCCAGUUCAUUGAGCCACCGAACAUUACUUCCACAGACGAGUAUUAUUACCCCGAUACACCAAUUCCUCCUCUGGACGACAGUGUUGCAGUAUAUGUCGUCGUGGGAAUUGCCGGUGUUGCCUUGACUGGCUGCGUCCUCAUGGUCAUCAUUUUGAAAUAUGGAAGAAACUCAAACUUUGGUAUUAAAGGCUCCUCCUCGGUAAUCAGCAACGACGAUGACUCUGCCAGCCCUCUUCAUCACGUCUCCAAUGGCAACAACACCCCGUCGUCCUCGGAGAUGGGUCCAGACGCAGUGAUCAUUGGGAUGACAAAGAUUCCUGUCAUUGAGAAUCCGCAGUACUUCCGUAACUCCGGCAGCAUGCUGAAAGCCGACACGUUUGUCCAGCACAUCAAAAGGCACAACAUUGUGCUGAAGCGGGAGCUGGGAGAAGGAGCCUUUGGGAAGGUCUUUCUUGCCGAGUGCUACAACCUGGUGCCAGACCAUGAGAAGAUCCUUGUGGCCGUCAAGACUCUGAAGGAGGCCACCGAAAGCGGUCGAGCAGACUUCUACAGAGAGGCGGAGCUGCUCACCAACCUGCAACACGAGCACAUCGUCACCUUCUAUGGAGUGUGUGUGGAGAGCGAACCGCUCAUCAUGGUGUUUGAAUACAUGAAGCAUGGAGACCUGAACAAGUUUCUCAGGUCCCACGGUCCUGAUGCUGUUCUCAUGGCAGACGGUCAGCACAGCAUCCUGGUGGAGCUCACCCAGUCUCAGAUGCUGCACAUUGCCCAACAGAUUGCUGCUGGCAUGGUCUACCUGGCAUCCCAGCAUUUUGUCCACAGAGACUUGGCAACAAGGAACUGCCUGGUAGGGGAAAAUCUGCUGGUCAAGAUAGGGGACUUUGGCAUGUCAAGAGAUGUUUACAGCACAGACUACUAUAGGGUGGGUGGUCACACGAUGCUGCCGAUCCGCUGGAUGCCCCCAGAGAGCAUCAUGUAUCGGAGGUUCACGACGGAGAGCGACGUGUGGAGUCUGGGUGUGGUGCUGUGGGAGAUCUUCACCUACGGCAAGCAGCCCUGGUACCAGCUCUCCAACAAUGAGGUGAUUGAGUGCAUCACACAGGGCCGAGUCCUGCAGCGGCCCCGUUCCUGUCCUAAGGAAGUAUACGACCUGAUGCUGGGCUGCUGGCAGAGGGAGCCCUACAUGAGGCUGAACAUCAAGGAAAUCCACAGCAUGCUGCAGAGCUUGGCCAAGGCCUCGCCUGUGUACCUGGAUAUAUUGGGCUGAUCCGCCGGCGCCUGUGUAUGUAGUCCGUGUGCAUGUGUGCUUCUUACGUUGGACGGGUGUCUGAGUGCUGGAGGGCACGUCGCGAGGCAGAGGGAGGGUAGGAGGUGAAGGUGCCGUGCCUACAUCCAAUGUACAGAAUCUGGUUGUAAAUGUGGCUGUAAAAUGCAAACGGUCCCCUGUCCUCAUUCCACGAAGAGCAGCCUUAAACUUUUGAGUUUCGCUUUGCUGUCAUGGUCAUUUGCAGAUUAUUUGCAGGCAUGUUUCAGAGAAUAAAGCGAAAAUACAUGCGCAAAAUGCAGGUCUAAAACAACGACGACAACAACAACAAAAAAAGACCCGCCAUUCUACAUAAUUUGAACACAUCGGCACACCGUGCUUCAUAUUUUGCUGGGAGUAAAAAGAAAAGGCAGGAAGCAGGAACACUCAUUGACUGAGAAUAUAUGGGAACAUUUACUGUAGAUAGAGCUUUUGACGUCCAGUUGAUUUAAAUCUGGUAUUUAAGUCAUGAACAUGUAAAAAAAAAAAUAAUAAUAA